AUAUGACGUCAUGGGCGGAGUUUAGUUGAAGAUCGAAUUCGGAUUCGGUUGGCGGGCGCGGCCAUCUUGGUGAAUAAGUGACCUGGCGAUUUGGAUUUAGUUAGUGAAAAAUCAGUUGUAAUCCACAAUGUCGGAAAGGGAAGAUAAUGUGUACAAAGCUAAAUUGGCCGAACAGGCUGAGCGUUACGAUGAAAUGGUUCAGGCAAUGAAGAAUGUGGCCUCGUGCAACGUAUCAGACAAUGAGCUCACAGUGGAGGAGAGGAACCUCCUUUCUGUUGCAUACAAGAAUGUCAUAGGAGCCCGCCGAGCCUCCUGGAGAAUCAUUUCAUCCAUUGAACAGAAAGAAGAAACAAAAGGCGCGGAGGACAAGCUGAACAUGAUCCGCGCGUACCGCAGCCAGGUGGAGAAGGAGCUGCGCGACAUCUGCUCCGACAUCCUGGGCGUGCUCGACAAGCACCUCAUACCCAGCUCGCAGACCGGCGAGUCCAAGGUCUUCUACUACAAAAUGAAGGGUGACUACCACCGGUACCUGGCGGAGUUCGCGACGGGCAAUGACCGCAAGGAGGCGGCGGAGAACUCGCUCGUGGCGUACAAGGCCGCCUCCGACAUCGCCAUGACCGAGCUGCCGCCCACGCACCCCAUCCGCCUCGGCCUCGCGCUCAACUUCUCCGUGUUCUACUACGAGAUCCUGAACAGCCCGGACCGCGCGUGCCGGCUGGCCAAGGCGGCGUUCGACGACGCGAUCGCGGAGCUGGACACGCUGUCGGAGGAGAGCUACAAGGACUCGACGCUGAUCAUGCAGCUGCUGCGCGACAACCUCACGCUGUGGACGUCGGACAUGCAGGGCGACGGCGAGGGCGAGGCCGAGCACAAGGAGGCGGCGCCCGACGCCGACGACCAGGACGUGUCGUAAUGCCGCCGCCCCGCCUCGUCCACCCCGCAUCUCUAACGUUACGUGUAACCUUCGAUAUCAUAUUGAGACGUUCGUUCCGCGAUCGCGUAUUCAUAAAAAGUACUUUGGUAUUGCAUUUUAAUGUACGUCGAUAAGAAUGUAUUUUCUUAACGUUAAAUCGAUCUCUACCGUUGAACUUAGCUUCCCCGCUCCUUAGCGUUCGUCAGUCUCUCCGCCGGGGUCGGGCCUCCUCCCGUGGCCACUCUCCGAGAACUGUAAAUUUUCUAAGUAUUUUGUACCGUGUUCCGCGUGCGAGCGUCGCCCGGCGUCGCCCGGCGUCGCCCGGCGUCGCCGCGGCUGCGAGGCUCGCGGCUCGCGGCUCCGUCAGCACAAAGGCGUCGUGCCCGCGUCGCAUUACAAACGUUUGGAGUAUUCACACUUGGAUCGCUUUAAUUACUUACGAGUAUUGUGAUAGAGAUUUGUAUAUUUAAUUUAUUUUAUAAUUUCGCAUAUUUGUCGAGAAUAUCAUCGUGUAGCGCUAUACAUGUUAUCUGUACGAUUUUUACAGGACGAAAACGGUAGUUGUAAAGUUGUGCUAGGUUAAGGUUUAGCACUUGGUAAAUAAUUUAUUUGCGACGUAGAGCCCGAUACAUUCCAUCUCGUAUGCGCUAUGUGCUAUCCGUGGCGAGUGCGUGCCCGAGUAAGAUAUUAGCGUUAUUUUUAUUUGAAUUUGUAAUAUUGCAUAUAUUUUUGUUAAUUUAUCCACAAAAAAAUACUGAUGCAGUUAGCCUUAGUGUUAUGCAAUAUUGAGUUAUGUCCUACCAACUACUGAAAAUUUAUUGUAAAUGACAGUGUAAAUCUAAUAAUAAAAUUCAAAAGUCCA